AUGUACAUCACUCUACCUUAUUUACACCUCCAAAGCGAACAUGAGAAGAAGGGAGGAAGAAAUGAGAAGAAAGAGAGAAGAAGAAGAAAUGAGGAGAAGAAGGGAGGAAGAACGAAAGAGGAGAGAAGAAGAAUUGAGAAGAAAGAGAGAAGAAGAAUUGAGAAGAAAGAGAGAAGAAGAAGAACGAAAGAGAAAAGAAGAAGAAGAAAUGAGGAGAAAAAGAGAAGAAGAAGAAUUGAGGAGAAAAGAAGAAGAGCAAAAGAGGAAAGAAGAAGAAGAAAUGAGGAGAAGAAGGGAGGAAGAACGAAAGAGGAGAGAAGAAGAAUUGAGAAGAAAGAGAGAAGAAGAGGAACGCCAGAGAAGAGAAGAGGAAUUGAGAAGAAGAAGAGAGGAAGAAUUGAGAAAAGAAAGGGAAGAAGAAGAACGAAAGAGAAGAGAGGAAGAACUGAGAAGAAGAAAAAGAGAAGAGGAGAUGAGAAAGAGAAGGGAAGAAGAAGAACGACAAAGAAGAGAAGAAGAGAUGAGAAGAAGAAGAGAAGAGGAAUUGAAAAGAAGAAGAGAAGAGGAAUUGAGAAAAAGAAGGGAAGAAGAGGAAAUGAGAAGAAGAAUAGAAGAAGAGGAGCGCAAAAGGAGAGAAGAACAGAUGCGAAGAAUAAGGGAGGAAGAAGAGAUGAAAAAGAGAAGGGAAGAGGAAGAACUGAGAAGAAAAAGGGAAGAAGAAAUGAAAAGGGUAAGAGAAGAAGAAAUGAAGAGAAAAAGAGAGAAAGAAUUGAGAAAGAAAAGAGAAGAAGAAGAACGAAAGAGAAGAGAGGAAGAACUAAGAAGGAUAAGAGAAGAAGAAAUGAAAAAGAGAAGGGAAGAAGAAGAACGCAAGAAAAGAGAUGAAGAACUAAGAAGGGUACGAGAAGAGGAACUAAAAAGAAAAAGAGAAGAAGAGGAAAUGAGGAAAAGAGAAGAAGAAAUGAGAAGGAAAAGAGAGGAAGAAUUAAGAAGGAAAAGAGAAGAAGAACUGAUAAAAAGAAGAGAAGAAGAAGAAGAAGAAAAGACAAGACUUAUGGCAGAGCAUCAGCAAAGACUAGCUGAGCUCCAUCAUGUUCCUCAAAAAGCAGAGGAAAAUAAAGAAGAAACAGGAGAGAAUAGUGACAGAAUGUCGCAUAAUCUUGACAUUUUGGAGGCUGAUGAAUCAUCCCCCACGAGCCCGAACUCGCGCCUGAGUUACACGAGCCAGCAACUUUUGAAUAUUCGCAAUUAUAUUCAUUCGAUUAACACCAAGUAUAAUACACUUGAAGUGUUCAAUGAAACCGACAAUGAAGAUGAUGAUCUUGUAAGUUUUGAAAUUAUUGCUUCAUUUCUAGUAAGGGAUAUCGCUGCUAAUGGUAUGUUCUAUCUGC